AUGAAUACCUAAAAUAGUUAAAAUGCUAAUAUGUAUUCUAAAGCAGAUUAAGCUAGAGAGAAUUUGAAGACUAGCUAAUCUAAAAGGUUAGGCUAGAGUUCACCUUCUAAAAAUGCUAUGAACGCAAGCAAAUAGCUUCAGUCAUUUGAUAAUACUGAGAAUAAUUAAAAUACUAGUCAGCUGUAGAGUGAAUAAACUAGAGAAUAUCUCAAGACAAGCCAGUCAAAGAGAUUUAGGAUUGUGCAGAAUUCUCCUUCUAAAAAUGCUAUGAAUAAAACUAGCUCAAAUAAAUUUUUUUCUUCACAUUCAACACUUCCUAUGACUAAAAGUAAAAUAGAUAUUCCCUUUAAAGAUCCUACUUUUAAACCGUUAUUACCUUCCCGUUAUAAUGUUAAUGAGAAGGUCAAACCUAUUACUUAUGUAAGUAAGGAAGUCCUAGUCGACUUAGAAGGAAAGGUUGAGUAACUUGAAAUAGCAAAAAUAGAUGAAAAAUAAAAAAUUAAAGAAUUCAAAAAUUUAUAGCCAUGCGCUUUCAGAGUAAAAUAGCCUCAAUAAUUUAAAAAUAAACCUCUAAGGAGGCAGGAAAGUGAUUUUUAGAUGUUUAAAGAGAUAUUUGUAGCACCAAAGGAGAAGAAGUUAGAAGAUUUAAAAGAAAAGGAAAAGGACUUUGAGAAUCUGUUCCAUCAUGACAGAGCAAAGUAAUAUGAAAAGAUUCUCCACAUAUAUAAUGAAGAAAAUGAAAAAAUGAAAACAAACGCUAAGUUUCUUGAUAAUUAAUAAAUAAAUAACAUUUAAAAGUAUAUGGGAAAGACUUUAACAGGCGCUAAUGCCUCCUUAAAAGAAGACAUUCUUGCCAAAACCAACAGCAAAUUUAAUUUCUCUCCUCGCAAAGAGGCAGAAAAGCUAUUAACUGAAAAUAUUUAAGUUAUUGAAUCAACCUUAUAGCUAGAUACAACUCAUCCAAAAGAUGAGUAUUUCUUUGACCAAUAAAUAUAAGUAUAACCUCCAGACCUUCCAAAUGCCACAAUCGCAUCUCCCUUAACGCCAGGAAAUGGGUAUGCCCCUUCUGUGCCUUUAACUCAUAACUUUAAGGACAGCAAAAGCAACAUAAAGGAUUUGUUGGUCAGAGCCAAAGCUGGAAUGCAAGCAGGAGAUAUAUAGAAAGAAGCUCACUUAAGCUUUUAUUUGGGAAUGGUUUAUGAAUCAAAUAAAUAAUAUAAUGAAGCCAUAAAGUUUUACAAACAAUUUUUCACCUGUGCUAAAAUGAUGGAGGAUAAAAUUGGACUCGCUUUGGGAGCAAACAGAAUAGCUGUUAAUUAUUUUAAUAUAGGAAACUAUGAAAAAUGUAUAGAAUAUCAUGAGCAAAAUAUUUAACUUUCUGAUUUAGAAAAUUCGUAUGCAGGCUUCUAUAAUAUAGGUAUAGCAUUCAGAAAGAUUGAUCAUUUAGCUGAAUCAAUAGUUAAUUUUAAAAAGGCUCUUGAUUGGGCAAAAUAAAGAGAAGAAGUAGAAAGUAAAUGUUUAGCUUAUGGAUAAUUGGGAGUAAGUUACUUCAAGAGUCAUUAGUAUGAAGAAGCUCUCGACAGCUUUACAAGUUGCAGAGAACUGAGCAUGAAAAUAGGUAAUAAAAAAUUAUAGCUAGAUUGCCUUCUUCACAUCACUUAAAUCACAUCAAAAAUGCCAAUAAGAAAUUCAGAUAAUGCUAUCUAGGUUUUGAGGGAUGCUAUAGAAUGUGCCACACUACUUGAAGAUAGAAAGACAGCUGCUUUAUCAAUGUGUAAUUUAGGAAUAAUGGAAGGAAAUAGAUAGUAUGAGCAACUAGUUUAAACUCCUUGCUUUGUAGAAGAGUAUGAGGAUUUUGAUGAAGAAGAUGAUUUACAAACAUAUAAUUUCUGUGUAAGAUUGGAAGAAGAAGCUGAUGAAAAGUAGAAGAAGUAAGAGUAAUAAAAACAAUAAUAAAACCACGAUAAUGUUAAUAACUGA